AUGUCCCGUUUGUCCCGGGAUGUAUUGAUCCCACAUAGAGGAGCAGCUGAGAAAUCCAUGCGUCAUGGUGCAGUUGACAAAGCCCAGGCCGCCAUGGGCGCCAUUCGAGCCCUGAUUCAACGUCGGCUGGCCGAACGACCGGACUUGUUCCAAUUUGUUGCCAGUGUCUUUCAAACGGAUGUAAACUCCAAACAGCAUACAAGUGCGUUGGAGUUUGUGGAGAAAAGCAUUCUGGCCGGAGCAAGUCAGUGGUCGGCGAAAAUUGCAAUCACAGGUUAG